AUGGCUGACGACUUUGACGACGAACUUUACAACGUGUACAACACCGCAAAGGAUGAUGCUUAUGGCAAUACUGAUAUCUAUGCCGACUACAAAGACGCACUUUCCGGAGAUGAGCCCCAAGAUGGGUCCCACAUGGACAUGCAAGGCAGCGAUCCACAGGGUCAAGCGGACACAGCAGCAAGCAAUAUGGGUAUGAUGGACUCUUCCGAUCACAAUGUUUCAGGCCAAGGUGCUGGCAUGCAGGCCGGAUCAGCAGCUGAUGACGAGGGCGGCGACGCUUCUGGUGAUAAUAAUCCGCAGCAGCAAAUGCUCAAAGCACUUCAACAGCAGCAGCAACAACAAGCAAUGAUGAAUAAUUGGGGCCAAUUCCAGCCAAAUCCAUAUCAAUUUGCCAUGUAUCAACAAGCUCUUCAGCAAAUGAUGAUGAAUCCUUAUCAACUUCAACAAAUGAUGCAACGUCAAUUCCGUCAACAGCAACCAUCACCCACACAACAACCACAACAGCAACAACAGCAACAACAACAGCAAAAUGUGGACGAAGGACCCCCAUCCGUGGCAAGUGCAGCAAAUCAAGAUGAAGGGUAA